AACCUGAUAUAAGAACUUCGCCUGUUACAAUAUAUCAAGCAACUUGUAAAUCAAAGCAUAGUGAAAUAUGCUCAAACUCUUCAGUUGCUAUUACAUCAUUAUACCAAGAUUUAUUUCAUACAAAAAUGAAAUUUUCUGAACUGCUUGUUAUGGGAUUUGACCAACAGGUUAUUGUAGAAGAGUUACUAAAAAUAUUCAACUUUAACCUUUUGAGAUUUUUGUAG